AUGGAUAAAAGGAAAUUAUCGACUGCGGGCGAUAGUCUUUAUCAAAUUUUGCAAGUGCCUAAAACUGCAACGGCCGAUGAUGUCAAGAAAAGUUAUCGGAAAUUGGCUUUGAAAUACCACCCCGACAAAAAUCCUAAUAACCCAGAAGCAUCCGAUAAAUUUAAAGAAGUUAACCGAGCACAUACUAUCCUAAGUGACGCUACGAAGAGAAAUAUUUACGACAAUUACGGCUCGCUCGGACUGUACAUAGCCGAACAAUUCGGCGAAGAAAAUGUUAACGCCUAUUUCGUCGUCACAAGCACUUGGUGCAAGGCACUGUGCUUAAUUUGUGGAAUCCUAACUGGAUGUUACUUUUGCUGCUGUCUCUGCUGCUGUUGUAAUUGCUGCUGCGGCAAAUGUAAACCUCGCCCGCCUGAGGAGUCCGGUGACUAUCACACCCUGGAGCGCGAUGAUUCAGACGGAGUUCAGCCUGUCACAAUGCAGCCCGGAGGUGAAGGCCGCCCGACCGGCGAACAGGCGCCACCCAUCGCAAUGCCGAUGCCCAUGCCGGCGCCGGCGUCAGGCGCCUCCGAAAAUACGGGGCUCAACACAGGUGGGAUUAAUUAUGGAAUUUCACAUUAA